GGGACAACACUAGUAAAAAGAAAAACAUGUGCCCGUGCUAAUACUUACGAUUAUUUCUCUCACAAAAACCCAAGACACGGAAAAAAAAGGAACCUAAAUUCUUUUAAACCCUAUCUCUCCUCAGUCCUCAAUACGUCUUUAAUAGUACAAAAGAGAUGGUGAACAACAAGUUGGCCGAGGCUAAAUUUGAGGAGGCUGCAACGUGGGUUUGUUGGGACAUCCAGAACAUGCCAAUUCCCAAGGGUUGUAAAGCUGAGGAGAUCUCUCAGAAGAUAAGCUCGGCCCUGAGUGAGUUGAACUACCGUGGUCCAAUCUCCAUCUCUGCAUAUGGAAACAUGAAUCACAUCCAUCCUUCCGUGAAGCAAGCUCUAUCUUCCACAGGAAUUGUUCUUAAGCAUGCCUCUCUCAACUCCAGAGGCUUCAGCUCAUAUAUUUCGGACAAAUUAUUUGGUUGUACUAGAAAUUAUCGACCUCCAGCUAAUUUAAUGCUCAUCACUCGCUACGACGAAGCUCGCUCUAUAAUUCUUGGCUAUUGGAAAAAGUCUGGAUACAAUGUUCUUCUAGCACAUCCUUCAAAUACUUCAGACUCAUUCGUGGCUUCUGCAAACACCACAUGGGUGUGGAAAAGCUUAGUGCAAUAGAUCAUCCUCUUUCUUCUCUUCUCUAUACUUGUGGUAUUUUCUCACAACAGCUUGAGACAGGACCAAACAACUCGAUAUUUGUGUUGAUUUUAUUUUCCAUGAACUUUUAAAUUGUUCCUCUAUCGUUGCUUUUUUCCAAUAUAAUAUAUU